AUGGUCGUGUGGCGCGAGCUUCUCCGUGGACUCGCGGUGGAGACGCUUCGCAUCGGGGCCUCGUGGGUGGCUGAGCUGAGCCGUCCAAAGACACCAUCAAGCUGCUUGGACCGGGUGCUGGAUCUUGAGGGAAGACUGAGGGAUUCUUGGCAAUCGGGUGAGGAUCUGAAAAAGUGUGAGCUUCACAAGGGGCAGUUGUUGGAAUUGGUGGCGCAGCCAGGUCCUUUGAUUCAUUUGGUGAUUUUCAUUGUAGGGCUGGUAAGUGGUUGCAUUGGUACUCUGUUGAUUUUGAGCUACGGCCAGAGAACGGUCGCUCAGAGGGGUCAGCCGCUGGAGAUUUGCUUGCCCUAUCAGAAAUCUCCCUGCUCUAUCGGCAAAGACGCUGUGGAGCAGGAUGGAGACACCUACAGUGAGAUCAAAAGGAUGAUAGGCGGCCGGUUGCCCAGCGGAGUGAGAGAUCAAGAUACUUAUUUGCCUCGACACUCCGAUCUGGGCACCAUUGGGCCAGAAGAAGCGCGGAGUCUGGUUUUUCGGGCCGAGCGCAUGCAAAGCGGUGUGGUGGAGCGCCGCCGGGUGACCGGCAAAGUCGAUGAGCAUGGCAGAGUUUUCAGGGACGGAGGCACGGGAGGUGGUGUGGCUUCAGUUCCUGUUGCAGCACUAGGACCUGCAGACCUUUUGUGGCUGGUGGUUUUUCGGACGGGCUCUGGAGAUCUGGGGGAGGAGGUGACUCCACCUUCUGGCAGUCGGACCUUGGAGGUGAGUGGAAAACGUUUUCACCUUUUUCCUUGUGGUGACGAGGUGUUGCUCACUCAGGGCUAUAGACCAUCCGAAGUAGAAAAGGCAAAGGACACCAUUAGGCUCCAGAAAGGUUCUGGGGGAGACAAAGAGGAGCGGGAUUUGAGAAUCUUGCCAAUUCUCUUUGAUAGCUCCGAAGAGCGGUAUCGAACGGUCGCUGAAGCAGUGCCUGAAUAUGAGGAGGUGGAGUUCGAUGAUUAUCCCCUCCAGGGGCCUAGGACGCUUUACCAUGACUCAAGGCAGCUUCGACGUAUGGGCCUGGACUUUUUGAUGCACCAUGAGGGUUGGAUUAAGAAGUCUGGGGUGCGGAUAUCGGAUCGAUCCGUUCAUGAGCAUGGUUCAAUUUGUCGGGCGCUCCAUUACAUGAUGACCUAUGACCAGCUGAACUUACCUUCCUUGGCGAGCGCUGAAGCCCUCAAUAGAAGGCGGACUUUGAUUGAACAUGCUCACCAAGGCAGGCCAGAUGCUCCUGACUACGCAGCUGGGGAAGAUAUGCUCGGGUAUCGUGAGAGCGGGGAUGGCAGCAUCAUUGAUCCCGCUCUGACUCAACAUGCUGCCCGGAAGCAAGCUCAGAGGGCAGAGGUGCUCAAGCAAACCCGGCUGGCGGCUGAGGAGAGAAAGCAACUCAGGGAAAAACCUCCGAAGGGGGAUGGAAAGGGGCCUAAGAAGGAGAAGGCAGCGCUGAUGCAGCUGCUGAAGAAAAAGGCGUCGGGUUACAUGGAGGUACCCGACGGCCCCGGGCAGCUUGCUUCCUAUGUCCGGAGCCGGCUGUCACUUCCUAGAGGUCAGUGCAAUCCAGUUGAUCUAGUGUCGAUUCUCCCACCUAGAGAAAGAGACCAAUUGCUGAACUUCGAGACCAAAAUGUUGCUGAGUGACGAAGAGAUCGCGGCUGAGGUUGAGAAGGGCUUCGAAGGUUCCUCAUACAUUGACCCCCAACUUGACACAGAUCCUCAAAAGUAUCACGAGUUUAUUUCAGAUUUGUACAAUUGCAAGUUGAUACAUUUCACCAACCAGCCUCGAUGCCAAGUGGGUGCUUUUGUGGUGACCAAGAAAGGGGAUAAGCAGAGACUCAUUUUGGAUUGCCGCCCCGCGAACCGCCUGUUCAGGAGACCUCCAACAACGAUCCUGGGUUCGAGCGAAGCUUGGAAUCGUUUGGAGGCGGAGGACACGGCGCAGAUUUUUGUGGCACAGGAGGACGUGAAAGAUUUUUUCUACCGGUUGCAAAUAGAUAUAGAGCUGGGUAGGUUUUUCAGUCUGCCUGUCAUUGACCCUGAGAAGCUUGAGCACAUUUUGGGCUUUCAACCGCCGGAGCUUUUGUCUUUUACUGCUGAACCUCAUCGGCCUAUUUACCCCUGCAUGAAGGUUUUACCCGUGGGUUUUUCAUGGGCUUUUCACCUGGCGCAUGAGUGCCACAUGGAACUGGCUCGGAGAGCCUUACCGCAGGUGCCUUUCCUGAAGGACAGGACACGUGCGCCGAGGUUGGGCACGGAGCCGGGGAGUGUUGGGACAGCAAUGCUGAUCUAUGCGGACAACAACAACCACUUGGGUAUAGCAGCAGAUACAGUGGAUAGGGAGCAACAGCAGAUGAUUACAGCACUACACAGCAAGAACUUGGCUACACACGACAUCACAAAUGCGAGUACACUAGCAGAGAGUCUGGGCGUCAGGAUCGACGGACUGGGCGGCAAAGUGCAACCGACCGCCCAGAGGGAUUGGCGCCUGGACAGGGUGAAAGUCUUCAGCAAGUCAGCAGCAGCGGAGGCCAAUCGGAGGAUGCAAAGCCCGGACCGAGAACGGCAAAUCAGCAGGAAGAGAAAGCUUUCUCGGAGUCGGAGUCGCUCACCAAAUGGCCGGGAGCCAAGAAGCACAGGGCUUCAGCAGCAGCUGAACUUGGUGAAGCAGAAGAGACAGAAGGCAAUGACCAGACAGAUGAAGUACGAAAAAAGACUUCGUGCGACUCGGGGAGAAAGAGGAAUCCUGGAAGACCACUCCGUGAAGGAGCCGCAGAGGAGAGACUAUGCGAGGAGGCUGAACGGGUUCUACGGGUUCAUCGCCCGGUUCGAUCUCCCGAUUGGCACGGAGGCAGAAUUAGAUGUAGCAUUGGUGGACUAUGCCGACCUUCUCUACCUAAAUGGGGAGGCAAGCGAUGCGGGGACAAAGCUGAAAGCCGCUCUAGAAUAUCACCGACCAGAAGCUGCAAGAAGUGGAACCCUGCACCUGCCCAGAUUCAAGAGAUCGUUGAAAGGGUGGAGGAAGUUGGCGCCAAACCAGACCAGGUUGCCAAUGGUGGAGCACGUCAAGAGUGCCAUCUCCGGAGUGAUGCUGCACCAGGGGUGGCCAGAGAUGGCGUUGUUCAACGAGUUGACAUUCUCCACGUAUGCCAGGCCAGGGGAGCUGAUGAAGGCAAGAGUCUGCGAUGUGGUGGGGAAGUUGAAGAAGGAGGACAACGACAUCAUAAUCCUUGCUCCUUUCGAAAGAGGGGAGGAGUCAAAGACUGGGAUUUUCGACGAGGUGUUGAUCCUGGACGACAAGAGGCUGAGCAGUCUAGGCCCGUUGACAGUGGGCAUGGCAGCAAAGAAGGAGAAGAAACAGGGGCCCCAAGCAGAUCUUUGGGACUUCAAUGCCAAAAAGUACUUGGAGGUCAGACUGAACUUCGCAGAGUACUUCCAAGGUGGCACCUUCCAGUUGCCGAAAGAGGACGCCAAAGCCUCUGAGGCAGCUGGGUGA